GGCGCGGCGGUGGCGAACGGGGCGCUUCCCUCCUCAGGCGGGGCCGGGCGGGGCUCCGCAGGGCUGCAGAGCGGAGCUGAGGGCUCGAGGCGCGGCACGGGGAAGCCGGCGGCUGCGCAGCGCUGAGGAGGAAUACCUACCUGUGGCAUGGGAGAAGUCCUACUUCCUUAAUUAAGGAACGUAGCACUGCUGAAGUUAACAUUGAGAAUCAAGAAGAUGCAAGUCAGGAAACCCAUGGAGGGAAGAACUAAACCUUAGAACAAUCACUUUCUGCUUGACCUUCUUGCACAAGAGCCUAAAAGUAUUUAAAGUUUACAGAAUGAAAAGAUGGCACAGGCAAUGCUGGUACCACCAGGAUCUGACUGCUUCUUCUAUUUCACCAAAGAGUCUCUUGCAGCUAUUGAAAAACGUAUUGCUGAUGAGAAGUCUAAUCGUGAUAAAGAUGAGCAUAAAGAUGAUGGUGGUCAUGAAGAAAUUCACCCAAAGCCAAAUAAUGACUUGGAGGCAGGAAAGACGCUGCCAUUUAUUUAUGGUGAUAUUCCUCCAGAAAUGGUAUCUGAGCCCCUGGAGGACUUGGAUCCAUAUUAUGUCAAUAAAAAAACAUUUAUAGUAUUGAAUAAAGGGAAGACAAUCUUCAGGUUCAGUGCCACAUCUGCCUUGUACCUUUUAUCUCCUUUCAAUAUUAUUAGAAGAGUAGCUAUUAAGAUUUUAGUUCAUUCGCUGUUCAGCAUGCUCAUUAUGCUCACGAUUUUGACAAACUGUGUAUUCAUGACAUGGAGUAAACUUCCAGAAUGGACAAAGAAUGUAGAGUACACUUUCACUGGAAUUUAUACUUUUGAAUUUCUGGUAAAAAUCCUUGCGAGAGGCUUCUGUAUAGAUGAUUUUACUUGCCUUCGUGACCCUUGGAACUGGCUUGAUUUUGUUGUCAUUUCCUUUGCAUAUGUGACAGAGUUUGUGGACCUGGGCAAUGUCUCAGCACUGAGAACAUUCAGAGUUCUCCGAGCUUUGAAAACAAUAUCAGUCAUUCCAGGCUUGAAGACUAUUGUGGGAGCCUUAAUUCAGUCUGUGAAGAAGCUCUCAGACGUAAUGAUUUUGACUGUUUUUUGCCUGAGUGUGUUUGCACUAAUUGGGCUGCAGCUGUUCAUGGGCAACUUGAAGAAUAAAUGUUUGUUAUGGCCAUCAAGAAAUUCAACCUCUUUUGAAAAAUACUUAGCCCCAUACUUUAAUGAUACAGUGUUUGACUGGGCAGCGUACAUUAAGAAUGAAAGUCAUUUUUAUCGUCUAGAAGGACAAAAGGAUUAUCUACUUUGUGGCAAUAGCUCAGAUGCAGGUAAAUGUCCAGAAGAGUUUAUUUGUGUGAAAGCCGGUAGAAACCCCAACUAUGGAUAUACUAGCUUUGACACGUUCAGUUGGGCUUUCUUGUCCCUGUUUCGACUUAUGACACAGGACUACUGGGAAAAUCUUUAUCAGCUGACAUUACGAGCUGUUGGCAAAGCAUACAUGAUAUUUUUUGUUCUGGUCAUUUUCCUGGGUUCCUUCUAUUUGAUUAAUUUGAUUUUGGCUGUCGUUGCCAUGGCCUAUGAAGAACAAAAUCAAGCAACUAUGGUUGAAGCAGAACAGAGAGAGGCAGACUUGCAGCAGAUGCUUGAACAGCUGAAGAAACAGCAAGAAGAAGCUCAGGCAAUAGCAGAAGCUGCAGCGGAGAUGACAGAGUUUGGUGGUGAAAGCGGACCUUCAGAUAGUUCUUCAGAAGCAUCCAAGCUUAGCUCAAAAAGUGCCAAAGAAAGGAGAAAUAGAAGGAAGAAAAGAAGGCAGAGGGAGCUUUCUGGGGAAGAGGAUAACAUGAAGGAUACAAAGCUUUCAAAAUCUGAAUCGGAUGGCAGUAUCAGAAGGAAAGGGUUCAGAUUUUCUUUUGAUGGCAACAAACUUGCUUAUGGGACCCGGCUCACAUCACCCCACCAGUCUUUACUGAGCAUUCGUGGCUCCCUGUUUUCUCCCAGACAUAGUAGCAGAACAAGUCUUUUCAGUUUUAGAGAUCAUGGGAAAGAGAUAGGAUCUGAAAAUGACUUUGCUGAUGAUGAACACAGCACAUUUGAGGAUAACGGAAGCAGAAGAGGUUCUCUUUUUGUACCACUGAGACACAGUGAACGACGUGGUAGUAACAUUAGUCAGGCCAGCAGACCAUCAAGAAGGCUGACUCUGUUUCCAGUGAAUGGGAAGAUGCAUAGCACUGUGGAUUGCAAUGGAGUAGUUUCUUUAGUGGAUAGACCUCCAUGUCUCUUGUCGCCUCCAGGGCAGGUUCUGCCAGAGGUGAUAGUAGACAAAGCAACAACUGAUGACAAUAGUAAUACUACAGAAAUGGAAAUAAAAAAGAGACAUUCAAGUUCAUAUCAAAUACCAGUGGAUUUGCUGGAGGAUCCCAAUCUAAGACAAAGAGCCAUGAGUAUAGCUGGCAUUAUCACAAAUACAAUGGAAGAACUUGAAGAAUCCAGACAAAAAUGUCCACCCUGCUGGUAUAAGCUUGCCCGCACAUACUUGAUUUGGAAUUGUUGUGAGCUUUGGUUAAAAGUGAAGAAUAUAGUUUCAUUUAUUGUAAUGGACCCACUUGUUGAUCUGGCUAUCACUGUUUGCAUAAUUUUAAACACACUGUUUAUGGCCAUGGAGCAUUAUCCAAUGACUGACAGUUUUAGCAAUACACUUAAAGUAGGAAAUCAGGUUUUUACUGGAAUUUUUGCAGCAGAAAUGGUUCUCAAGAUAAUUGCCAUGGAUCCUUUUUAUUAUUUCCAAGUUGGCUGGAAUAUUUUCGAUAGUUUUAUAGUUACCCUUAGUUUGGUGGAGCUUUUUCUGUCAAAUGUGGAUGGAUUAUCUGUUCUACGAUCAUUCAGAUUGCUUCGAGUUUUCAAAUUGGCAAAAUCUUGGCCAACUCUAAAUAUGCUGAUUAAGAUUAUUGGCAACUCAGUGGGGGCUUUGGGGAAUUUGACCCUGGUGCUGGCCAUCAUUGUGUUCAUUUUCGCUGUUGUUGGGAUGCAGCUGUUUGGGAAAUACUACAAGGAAUGUGUCUGCAAGAUCUCUAGCGACUGUGUGCUUCCACGCUGGCACAUGCAUGACUUUUUCCACUCUUUCUUGAUUGUGUUCCGAGUGCUGUGUGGAGAAUGGAUAGAAACAAUGUGGGACUGCAUGGAAGUUGCUGGCCAGCCAAUGUGCCUUACUGUCUUCAUGAUGGUCAUGGUGAUUGGAAACCUAGUGGUAUUGAACCUUUUUCUGGCCUUGCUGCUGAGUUCAUUUAGUUCAGACAGCCUUUCUCCUACAGAGGAUGAUAAUGAACUGAAUAAUUUACAGAUAGCUGUUGCAAGAAUUCAGAAGGGAAUAGAUUAUGUGAAGGAGAAAGUAGGUGAAUAUAUCCAAAAAUCUUGCUGGAAGAAACAAGUGCCUGCAAAUGAAAGAACAGCAACAGAUCAGUUGAAUGAUGAAAGACACCAUUGCAUUUCCAACUGUACCGUUGCUGAAAUAAAGAUAGAUACAACUUACCACAAAAAUGAGAAUGGAACAGCCGGUGUUGUAGGAAACAGUGACUAUCCAUUGUUCAUAAACAACCCAAGCCUUACUGUUAUGGUACCGAUAGCUGUUGGAGAAUCUGACUUUGAACAUCUAAAUACAGAAGAGUUUAGUGGUGACUCAGAUUUGGAGGAAAGCAAGGAGAAGCUAAAUCUUUCUAGCUCAUCUGAAGGAAGUACAGUUAAUUUGGCUCUCUUUGGAGAAGAAAAAGCUGAGACUGAACCAGAAAAAUCAUCAGAGCUACAGGCAUGUUUUCCAGAAGGCUGUGUACAGAAGUUUAAAUGCUGUAGUUGCAAUACAGAAAGCAGAAGAGGAAUAAUCUGGUGGAACCUUAGAAAAACUUGCUACCGGAUAGUAGAACACAACUGGUUUGAAACGUUCAUUGUCUUCAUGAUUCUUCUCAGCAGUGGUACUCUGGCUUUUGAAGAUAUACAUAUUGAACAGCGCAAGACUGUCAAGAUCAUACUGGACUAUGCUGAUAAAAUCUUCACUUACAUCUUUAUUCUGGAAAUGGUGCUAAAAUGGGUGGCUUAUGGUUUUCAGACUUACUUUACUAAUGCCUGGUGCUGGCUGGACUUCCUGAUUGUUGAUGUCUCCUUGGUUAGCUUAGUAGCUAAUGCCCUCGGUUUCUCAGAACUUGGUGCAAUUAAGUCUCUCCGAACAUUAAGGGCUUUGAGACCUCUAAGAGCUUUGUCACGCUUUGAAGGCAUGAGGGUGGUUGUGAAUGCUCUUACUGGAGCAAUCCCAUCCAUAAUGAAUGUACUUCUGGUUUGUCUUACAUUCUGGCUAAUUUUCAGCAUCAUGGGAGUAAAUCUGUUUGCGGGCAAGUUCUUUUAUUGUGUUAACACCACAACUGGACUUCAAUUAAAACCAGAUCAAGUUGAUAACAAAACUAUGUGUGAAAAUCUUAGCAGCACUGCAUCAGAUGUUCGAUGGAAGAAUGUGAAAGUGAACUUCGAUAAUGUUGGAGCUGGCUAUCUUUCUCUGCUUCAAGUAGCAACAUUUAAAGGAUGGAUGCCAAUCAUGUAUGCUGCUGUUGACUCUAGGGAGGUAGAGAAACAGCCUAUGUAUGAGGAAAACCUAUACAUGUAUCUUUACUUUGUUGCCUUUAUCAUCUUUGGGUCCUUUUUCACCCUAAACUUGUUUAUUGGUGUCAUUAUAGAUAACUUCAACCAACAAAAAAAGAAGCUUGGAGGUCAAGACAUUUUUAUGACAGAAGAACAAAAGAAAUACUACAAUGCAAUGAAGAAGUUAGGUUCCAAGAAACCACAAAAACCUAUACCUAGGCCAGCGAACAAAUUGCAAGGUUUGGUGUUUGAUAUUGUAACAAAGCAAGCAUUUGACAUCAGCAUUAUGGUCCUCAUCUGUCUUAACAUGGUCACCAUGAUGAUAGAAACAGAUGACCAGAGUGAACUUAUGCAAAAUAUUUUAUACUGGAUUAACUUUGUCUUUGUUGUCCUUUUCACUGGAGAAUGUGUCUUAAAACUGUUCUCACUCCGUUAUUAUUACUUCACUGUUGGCUGGAAUAUCUUUGAUUUUGUGGUUGUUAUUCUUUCAAUAGUAGGCAUGUUUUUAGCUAAGGUGAUUGAAAAGUACUUUGUGUCCCCUACUUUGUUCCGAGUCAUCCGACUUGCCAGAAUAGGUCGCAUCCUGCGUCUCAUCAAAGGCGCAAAGGGAAUCCGCACUCUGCUUUUUGCUCUGAUGAUGUCUCUACCUGCUUUGUUCAACAUUGGCCUGCUGCUGUUCUUGGUCAUGUUUAUCUAUGCAAUAUUUGGCAUGUCCAACUUUGCCUACGUUAAGAGGGAAGAUGGCAUUGAUGACAUGUUCAACUUUGAAACAUUUGGCAACAGCAUGAUCUGCCUAUUUCAAAUUACCACAUCUGCUGGCUGGGAUGGCUUGUUGGCCCCAAUUCUUAACAGUGGGGAGCCGGACUGUGACCCUAACAAAGCUCAUCCAGGGAGCUCUGUUAAAGGCGACUGUGGCAACCCUUCAGUUGGGAUUUUCUUCUUUGUCAGCUACAUCAUCAUAUCGUUUCUGGUGGUGGUGAACAUGUACAUUGCUGUGAUUCUGGAGAAUUUUGGUGUUGCUACUGAAGAAAGUGCCGAACCCUUGGGUGAGGAUGACUUUGAGAUGUUCUAUGAGGUUUGGGAAAAAUAUGAUCCAGAUGCAACACAAUUCAUAGAAUACAGCAAACUAUCUGAUUUUGCAGCUUCUCUGGAUCCUCCUCUUAAUAUACCAAAACCAAACAAAGUCCAGCUGAUUGCAAUGGAUCUGCCCAUGGUAAGCGGUGACAGAAUUCACUGCCUUGACAUCUUGUUUGCUUUCACAAAGCGUGUUCUGGGGGAGAGUGAUGAGAUGGAUGCCCUCAGAAUACAGAUGGAAGAUCGUUUUAUGGCAGCCAACCCUUCCAAAGUCUCCUAUGAACCAAUCACAACCACAUUAAAACGGAAACAGGAGGAGGUAUCUGCUACCAUUAUUCAGCGUGCCUACAGAUGUUAUCUUUUAAGACGAUCAAUAAAGAAACUUUCAUAUAUGUAUCGCAAAGAUGGGGUUGACAUACUGAGCAAAAAUGAUAUGAUUUUGGGUAAGCUAAGUGAAAAUUCAACUUCAGAGAAAACAGAUAUGACUGCAUCCACCACAUAUCCACCUUCCUACGACAGUGUAACAAAACAAGAAAAGGAAAAAUAUGAAGAUGACAAAUCAGAAAAAGAAGACAAAGGGAAAGACAGAAAAGGAAAUAAAAAGUAGAAGAAGACAUAAAGUGGGGAGUGGUGGCUGUUUAAAGCCUGAGAAGAUGAAAUUUUUAUCAAUAACACUUUUAUUGAAGGAUCAUGCCAAAUGACAAGUUUUUACAUAUUUAUCCAGUGCUACAGUCAGUGCCUCUACCGAGAUAAUGAGUUAUCGUUAACAAACCCUGUGUGUAGCAGGGAAACAACCUUGCCAGAAGAAUAGCUUUUAUUACCAACUGGCAUUAAUAGAGAGGAGACAUAAAGUUUUUACUUGGACUAUGUGGACUCUUAAUGGAGUGCAAAAUUACCGGUUCUAGUAAGUUUGUAUUUUGUGGAAUACGUGUACUCACUGUGUACAUUUCAUCUUCUAUGUAUGUGUAUCUUUUCUUUUGGUGAUCUCAUUUGCUGUAAUUCACAUUCUAUUAUUUGUAAUUGUUCUGUGUUGAGGAAAAAAAUGUUCUUUCAGAGGAACACAAAUGUCAUGAGUAGGUAAUUACAGCAUCAUAAUGUGAACAUAGUCCUCUUGAAGCCACCAAUUCUAAAAGCAGAAAAAUGAGAUUCCAGAUUCUUGGACUUCAGAAUCUACAUAAAAUCAACAGCAAAUAAUAGAGUUUAGAAAAAUAAUUUAUGAGAAAACAAGAGAAGAAUCACUUUCACAGAAAGGAGGUUAGUAGUUUGGUCUCUUGAUUUUACUAUAUUUGUUUAAUACUUUUUAUUAAUUAUUCAUUUUUCACACAGUCCUAUUCACUGAAUGAUUUAAAUACAUCAUGCUACAGAAUUUUUUUUUUAUAAACAUGAAACUAGUAAAAAAGAGUUUCUUUACUUUCAAGGCCCGAGAUACCUCUUAGUUCAUGAGUGUUUUAAAUGGGAUUUUAUCAUAGAAUAGCUAUAAACACCAAAUUUUGCCUACAGGGAAUCACUGGGAAAAAAAAAUGUAAUAAAUAACUUCCAUACUUCAUUCCAAAGUCAGUCUCUACAAAUUUCAUUUCACAUAAAUAAAUCCCAUUUAAUACAGUAAUCAAAGUUACAUGUAUAAAUUGAUAGCAAAUUACCUGUUGGGACAAAUAUUGCCUUAAUUUAUACCUCAGGCUGAAAUUUGCAUACUUUGAGAAACUGAUCAUGUUGAAGACAUAAAAUAUGUACGCUGAAGGUAAUUUUGAGCCCCAUAGGACUUUAGUCAGGUUUCCACUUUAUGAAAUGCAGUCUUCCACAGAAGGCUGAGAUGACCAAAUGAUGUACUUGAAUCAGCUUUGUCCUGCACUGUGGUUUAGAUGACCUUUUUUUUACAUCAAGGCUUAUACUACCUACGUAGGUAAAAUGUUCUCUGUUACUUAGUCCAUUCUUUUACACAGUGGUACCUGUUUGAACAAAGAGACAAUGACCUAAGUACUAUAUUUAUUAAAUAUGUACCCUUACAAGUGUAGCUUUUAAUAUUUCAGUAGAUCAUAUGAUAUAUUCUGUAAUACUCCAUAUAAUUGGGAAGCUUUAACUGAUGCAUGCUUGCUGCUAUUAUUCUACAGCUAUUAAAGUCUAAGAUGGAAAGACAUGUGAGUGUUAGAAAGGAAAAAACUAUUCAGCAAGACCGUAACUCCUCAGAACAGUAAGCAAUAGUUUGCUGCUAUUAUAUAUUUUAUUUUGAGUUCAUUAAUAAUAUGCUGUGAAUAAACAGACUAUACAAGAUUAAUAUACUGCUUAACUUGCUUAAAAUGUGAGGCUAUUAAAAAUAUAUAUAUCUAUUGAUCUAUUCAUAUUAUUUUGCAAAUAAAUUUAUUUUAUAGUAUUUUAUACAUAUUAGAAGAUACUACAAAUAUCUUCAAGUUAGUCUUGUUUAUUACUUUCUAUCUGUAACAGGUGUUUUUGUUGCAGAACCUAAGAUACGAUAUGAAUUGGUAGUUGCAAUUUGCUGCUAAUUACAUGAAAACAGCUUUUAAUAAGUAAUAGUUUUAAAAGAAAUGGACAGCAAUGAUCUUUUUCUGAUCAGUAGGUAGUUCCUUGUUCGUGACACAAGAUGGAAGAAAGUUUUCUUUUAAAAUCAUACUCCUGUCUAUCAAUUUUCAGGUUAAUUUGUGUCAUAGAAACCUUGUUUUUCUGCCAUGUUAUUCUCGCUGCCAGCUUGUCCUGUGGAUUUGUCCUGCAGUAGUAGUGCUUUAAAUAUAAUUUGCUAUUCAAAAUCUUUCUUCUUAAGAAUGAAUAGUGAACUUGUGUAAUGGCCAGUGGAAUACCUUGCGAUUCUUACAAAAGAAACUGUAGAUGGGCUUCUGCUUUUUCAGAAACUGGUUUCUGUACUGGUAAAUUGCAUGCAGGAUGUUGUUUUACCAAAAAUAACUACAUUGCUAACAACUCAGAAGAAUAAAGAUAACCUUUUUAUAUA